AAAGAAAAGGCCCAGCGCGGCUGCCCGAGAAGUAGAGUUACUACAUGCAGAAACAGUGCGGUUCCAAACUUGCUCUCGUGGCGGGCGAUGGCUUCAUGUAAAGAUAAAGUUAUUUACAAAACACAGAACGAUUUGAACAUUGAGCGAGAACACGGACAAAGUGUCACUGUGAAUUUGGACAUUAACAACGCCUCACACAGACAGAUGAAGGACGUUUACAGCACGGUGAGGCAGGGUUCAUCUCCAUCCACAGCGAGAGAGACUGAACAUGGGAUUCAGAGACAAUAUUCUCGUCAAACUAGCAACCCUGCUGAUCGGGAUGUGUGUGUGGUACUUCCGAAACGGUUGAACAGUGUUAUAGACAAUUCUUCUUCAGGAGAUCCGUUGUUAUUACAGAAACACGUGUCUCGUCAAUCAAGCCAAAGUCCUGACAAGUCCAGACAAUCUCCAAAAUAUCCUACCCCGUGUUUCAUCAGGCAAAUUAGUAAAAACACUUCGAACGUCAUCAAAAUAAUCGUGGUCGUUUCAUUACUAUUAAAUGUUUGUCUUAUUCCGGCUUUCGCAACGGUGAUAACCCUUUUGCUUCAAGACACGACGUCGUGUAGCGUUCCACCACCCCCCGCAGUCGGGCUUGCCGUCUCCGACUCCCUCUGUUUCCCGUGUGGGCUAGCUGGCAUCCCCGGGGUGCCCGGUGCCGUCAGGACAGACAAUGGCGUCUGCUGUGGAUCCAAGGAGGACGCCGACCUUCAACGCAUUCUUAAGCAGCGAGUUCUUCCAUCAACGGCGGCGCUCGUUCAUACAAGAACUCCGUGCACUAUGGAUAGUGUCGAGGAGCCCAGUAAAAAGGGACCAAGAAGAAAACAUUCCUUGAAAACAGCAGCUCAUCUGUUGGUUGACGUGAAAGAAACACAAACAGCGGGUUCCAUAAAAUGGAUGACGGAGUCUGCAGAUGGGAUAGCGUUCCUUCAGGGGGGUCUGACGGUUAGGAAUUCCACCAUCCGGGUCAAGAAAGGAGGCAUUUACCGGAUAAGCAGUCACUUCAGUUUCGACACUUUUAAAAAUACAUUGAUCAAUCCGAAAUAUAUAAUGGAUCACUAUAUCUACAAAGCCUCGUCCGGGGGGACGUCUGUGAUCAAACUGGUGAAAAUGGUUUUGGAGAACCGGAUGUAUGAGUCGAGCGACGUCGUUGUAGGGGUCGUAAAGCUGCGUGAUGGAGACGAGAUCGGCGUGGAGAUGCAAACGUAUCAAUACCUGUAUAACAUGGAGGUAGCUAACACGCUUGAUAUCGAAAAGAUCGGCUAGAGUGUGGGCGUGGUGUUGCUAUGGACACGAAUCUUUCAACUCGGGAAGAGACUAUAAGUGGGUUAACGCCGCUCUGAACGCUAUUACAUCGAUGUCACUGCGUCUGGAGUGAGUGAGUGAGUGAGCAUGGUUUUACGCCGCUUUUAGCAAUAUCACGGCGGGGGACACCAGAAAUGGGCUUCACACAUUGUUCCCAUGUCGGGAAUCGAACCCAGGUCUUCGGCGUGAGGAGCGAACGCUUUAACCACUAGGCUACCCGACCGCCCCUCACUGCGUCUGGAAGUUGACGUAUAACGUGAAACCCAUGAUCAUGGUACUGACAAACCAAGGAUCAUAAAAAUCAUCGGAUUCGACCCGGAAGAUAAAAAAGACAGCGCGACAAAAAAAUGUGAACCAGGUGUCGCUGUGUGCGUUGGUCAUGCGGACUGGUGAUAUGCUGUAUAAAGCUGAAUGCUGUCGUAAAGAUAAUAAUAUAUUAAUACAUGUACAUAAUAAACUGACGUUGUACAAAUAUAUACAAAUUUGAGAGAUAACUUUUUAGGGAACAUAUUUGAAAUACUGGAACUUACAGAUUCCUUGCUUGCAUUUAACAAAGUUUGUUACAUUGAAAGUACUGGCUAUGUCAGAAUGACAGUUUCUUAUCGUGAAGUGGGUGUCUGCGCCUUGUAGUUGCGACUGGGCAACUGUCUUCAGUGACGUCAAGAUAUGUUAUUUACCAGCGUUGUAAAGUUAACGAGAGACACCUUUGCUCGUUGUUUCAUUCGGAUUCUUUCGUUUGCCACGUCUACUGUGACAGGUCGUGCGCUGUCCUGUCUACUGAUAACAGUAAGCGCAUAGAUAAAUGAGCAAACCGACAGUGUAAACAGUUAAUUGAACAGCACGCCAGGCUUGGGCGUCAAGAGUUGUGUCCCCUGAAUGUGUGACUCGGCCAGGGGUUGUACUUAAUAUUUGUGAUUGAUGUUUGUAAUGUGUUGUUCGUCUUCAGUAAAACCAUUUUACAGAAA